UUUAUAUUUCCGUCGAGAUGAAGCCCACAGGUGAGACACUAACAAGAAAGCCACCUGAUCACCAUAUAGAUGAUAAACUCGAGUCAAAACAACCAUACGCGAAGACUCGAGGAGAAGAUCGAACCAUCCACGUGAGGCUCCGGUUCGAUCUGCUGGAAAAGGCGGAGCCGCGGGAAAACCUCUGGGUUCAGACACCGAGCAAGCAGCGCUGGAAACCACGGCUGGGUCUGCCUCUAUGGGGCCAUGAGGACUACUCUCCCCAGUUAAGUCUCCAAGCGAGUCAGGACCUGGAGCAACAGCUCCUGCUGAAAUGCAUUGACCCCGACGGCCUCGCAAUCGGGGAAGGGCACUACAUACACAGGAAGGCGCCUGGACCAAGCCGGCACGAAGAGGUCCACCUCGGGGUGCCGUCCAGCAAGGCUAAAGGAAGGAGUCGGCGUCGACCGUCCAUUCCGUGGAAAGGUGGAAUGAAACGAGACAGGCUGUUGGCCAGGACGUCGGACACUCCCCGCAUGUGAACAGCCAGGAGAGCUAAACCCUAAGAACUCAGCAGACAAGUCACCCGAACCGACCAGCGCCAAAGAGCAAAAGACUGCAUCGAACCCCCCCUGUUCAGACAAUGAACCACUGGAGAGCAGUCCAAAUGGAGCUGGAUCGUCAAUCCGUGGGUGACCCAUCCUUCCGCAGCGCAAACCACACUGCUGCGAACUCCCGCAUCAUGCUGUGGGCCUGACAGAAGGAUGGACCUCACCGCCCCUGGCCGGCCUGGUAAGCACUGGUCACAAAGCGCCAGCCGUGAGACGACGUGUCCGUGAACACAUCGAGUGAGGGCUCGGGCAGGCGCAAAGGCACUGACCCCUGAAAAAACCCGAAAAGGAAGCCGGUGACGCAGCAGCCGACGCAAGGCCCCCAGGGUCCGAA